AUGCCGGCGCCCGCGCGCAGUCGCCCGCUCAAGAAGGACUUCUUUGCGCAAACCUUCAAAGGCCAAAAGCCCGUCCUCUUCAGCGAGAAUGCGCGACCGAGCAGCAUCCCUCCACACAUCCGCCAUCUCGCCUGGUCGUCGACUGGCGCCGCCCUAGCCACCACCUCUGGCUCCAAAGUCCGCAUCUGGAACCCCGAUCGUCCGAAUGUUAAGAGCAGUCAGGAGCUGGUGGGUCAUGUCGGAAGUGUAGAAAAGAUUGUCUGGAACCCGGUGCGCGAGGGCGAGGUUGCCACGACCGGUAGCGAUGGAACUGUGAAGCUCUGGGAUGUGCGCGUAGGCCCUGGUGCCCACAACAAGGCUGUGCCCGUGAAAGAGAUUGCCUUGGGAGACGGUGGUCUGUUCCUGGCUUGGAGUCCCACUGGUCAACACCUGGUCGCGGGAAGAAGGGACGAUGUCAUUGUGCCUAUCGAUGUGCGCAUGGGAGCCAUGGCCAACACCGAGGACCUGAUCAUGCAGGAGGGCCGCAAGCUGGGUAGUGCCCAGACGAAUCAGAUGGCUUUCUCCAACUCGGGCAACGAAGUCUUUGCUACCACUGGUGAGGGCACCGUCAAGGUCCUGGACUGGCCAAGCAUGGUACNNACACUCCUCCACACCCUCAACGCCCAUACCAGCGCCGCCUAUUCCGUUCAACACAGUCCUAACGGCGACUUUGUGGCUGUUGGCGGCGGCGACUCUCUCGUCACCCUCUGGGACACUACCGACUGGGUCUGCAAACACACUCUAUCAAACAUGGCCGGCGGCAUUCACUGCCUGUCCUUCAGCUUCGACGGUACAUAUAUCUGCGGCGCUCACGGUAUGGAUAAGGAUGGUGACAAAGGUAUUCACGUUGCUUGUGCCCAGACUGGCGAGACUGUGCAUACCUUCGAGACCUCACAUAUCGUCAAUGUUCUCGCAUGGCAUCCACUUAGGUACUGGCUAGCAUACGCCGGUGAUUUGGGUGGUGUCAGAGUCAUCGGUCUUGGAGGCAAUCUCUGA